ACCGUACAAAGGCAUUGCUAGGUCAAAGAGCCCUCCAAAUGACUACCCUCAUUCCCCGAGAGCCAUAUACCGAGGAAGAGCUCACCCGCUUGUAUCCAAAGCAUCUCAAGCUCCGGCUUGUACAAGUUGUAAGACAACGCGAACGCACGCCAGUCUCAGCACGGUUCCAAAAUGCUGGCCUAGCACCAAACUGGCCCUACUGCAAUGCUGCAAGACAGCUCAAGGCCUCCAUCUUAGCCACACCUGAUCUGACUAAAUGGGACGGACUCACGUACCGCCGGCGUAUAGAGAAGUUCGGCGACGACGACGGACCUGUUGUUGCGACAGGGCCAAGUGGCGAGUUCGACAGCAUCUGUAAGCCUGGAGAAUUGACAGAUGUUGGUCGUCAGACGACCCUUGCGCUUGGACGGCGGUUAAGACAUCUAUAUGUUGACCAGCUAGGCUUCAUGCCAAAACUCAUUUCUGACUCGGAUAUGAUAUAUUUGCGAGCUACGCCAAUUCCUAGGGCGCUAGAAUCCUUGCAGCAAGCAUUUUGGGGAAUGUAUCCCCCAUCAGCGCGAACAGCAGAUUUUCCCUCCCCCACAAUUCUUACGCGGGCUCCGCAAGACGAGACCUUAUACCCCAAUGACGGCAAUUGCAGACGAUAUGCCCAUCUUUCGCGAGCAUUUGCUCAAAGGGCCGCUGACCACUGGAAUGAGUCCGAUGACAUGGAGUAUUUGAACAAGAUCUUCGCCAAGUGGAUGCCAGACGGUAAAGUGGCCGUAGACUCACAUCCUCGACUCUCUGGGCUCAUGGAUACCAUAAAUGCAACGUUAGCACAUGGGCCCGCAACGCGUCUACCCAAGGAAUUUUAUGAUUCGAAAGCUCGUGCGAUCAUUGACAAAAUCGGGGUAGAGGAAUGGUACGCUGGCUAUCUAGAGUCCGCAGAAUAUCGCAUGCUUGGCGUGGGCGCCUUAGCAGGCGACAUUGUUACUCGUAUGACGGGAAGCGUGGAGCAAAACGGGACCGAUGGCUUGAUAGCGGUCGGCGGUGAAAAUGGACGUCUUGGCACAGGGCGUGGAGGCGAGAAGGACAUCAAACUUGCGCUUUCAGGAUGCCAUGAUACUACUCUCGCUAGCCUGCUCUCUGCCCUGGGCGCAUUCGAGGGCGAGAAGUGGCCACCAUUUACUAGUCAUAUCGCCUUCGAGUUAUUCACGGAUGGGAAAACUACACGCGACAACCCUAGCGGCGCAGAUUCAUUAACACCACUGAGCUCGCAAGGCUGGUUGUCAUCGGUGUUUAGGCUCAGGGACUCCAUCAAUAGGCACGCUUCAAAACCUGAGGCCAUUGCUCGGAAGCCCAUAGACGAGCUCAAUGACGAGCAGAAGAAGAUUCUACGAGAUCAUUACGUCCGCAUCCGCUAUAAUGACAAGAUCAUGCAAGUUCCCGGAUGCAAGGCCGAAGGGAAACAUCUCGAAGGAGACACUAGCUUCUGUACCCUCGAAGCGUUCAAGUCUAUCGUAGACAAGUUUACGCCUAAAAACUGGAAGCAUACCUGUGCUUCCAAUUUAGACUCACCAGCAUUCCCCACUCGACCGGAGCCUGCAGGCUACUAA